AUGGCUUUGUGCUCUGACUCUUUUGCUGAUACAGACUUUUUUCUCUUUAAAGGUCAGUCCUAUGAAAUACGGAUGCUAGAUAAUCGGAAGGCUGGAGACAUGCCAGAGAUCAAUGGAAAACUGGUGAAGAGUAUUAUAAGAGUUGUGUUCCAUGACAGAAGGUUGCAGUAUACAGAGCACCAGCAGCUAGAAGGUUGGAAGUGGAACCGCCCUGGGGACAGACUUCUUGAUUUAGAUAUUCCAAUGUCUGUUGGAGUCAUUGAUAUCAAGACAAAUCCAAGCCAGCUCAAUGCAGUUGAAUUUUUGUGGGAUCCAACAAAAUGUACAUCUGCUUUUAUUCAGGUCCAUUGUAUUAGCACUGAAUUUACCCCUCGUAAACACGGAGGAGAGAAAGGAGUUCCUUUUAGGAUUCAGGUUGACACUUUUAAACAGACUGAAAAUGGAGAAUAUACAGAUCAUCUGCAUUCAGCCAGUUGUCAAAUCAAAGUUUUCAAGCCAAAAGGAGCGGACAGGAAACAGAAAACAGACAGAGAAAAGAUGGAAAAGCGAACUGCACAUGAAAAAGAAAAGUAUCAGCCUUCAUAUGACACCACAGUUCUUACAGAGAUGAGGCUUGAGCCUAUAAUUGAAGAUGCAGUUGAACAUGAGCAGAAAAAGUCCAGCAAGCGGACUUUGCCAGCAGACUACGGUGAUUCUCUGGCAAAGCGAGGCAGUUGCUCACCAUGGCCUGAUACUCCUACAACAUUUGUGAACAACAGUCCUACUCCUGCUCCAACUUUUACCUCUGCUCAGCAUAAUACCUACAGUGUCCCAGACAGCAAUUCUUCCUCCCCAAAUCAUCAAGGAGAUGGAACCUCUCAAGGGUCUGGAGAUCAGCUUCAUCCUUCUGCCACAAUCCAGGAAACUCAGCAAUGGUUGCUCAAGCAUAGGUUCUCUACCUAUACAAGGCUUUUUUCAAAUUUCUCAGGUGCUGAUUUAUUAAAGCUGACAAGAGAAGAUCUGGUACAAAUCUGUGGUCCAGCCGAUGGAAUUCGGCUAUAUAAUGCACUGAAAUCCAGGUCUGUUAGGCCCCGUUUAACAAUCUACGUCUGUCAGGAGCCAUUACGGAGCAUACAACUGGAAAGACCAGACGCAGGCAAUGGCGAUAGCAGCAAUGGUGCAAUAUACGUUUAUCAUGCAAUCUACUUAGAAGAAAUGACAGCUUCAGAAGUCACCCGCAAGCUUGCUUUGGCAUUUAAUAUUCCUUUGCAUCAGAUCAACCAGGUUUACAGACAGGGUCCCACAGGUAUCCACAUCCUUGUUAGUGAUCAGAUGGUUCAAAACUUUCAAGAUGAGAGUUGUUUCUUAUUCACCACAAUAAAAGCUGAAAAUGGUGAAGGCUUCCAUAUAAUCCUGAAGUGAUGUCACACAACUGCUAGACUGAUCCUCCAAUGCAGAAUGAGGUCCUGCCUAAAGAUUAUGAAGAUCAUCCAAAACCUUAGGAUCUAACUUCACCAUAUAAGAUGUUUCAUAUUGAAAACACAAAAUGACCUUUCUAAUGAGCUGUUUGAGAGGUGAACUUUCUUAUCACUGCCAUAGCUAAGUGUCCUCAUGAGAGGUAUAAUGCCAUGACAGCUUACGUACAGGCAUGGGAGACAAUGCGAGCAAAGGUGCUUGCCCUUUACGGAAAUAAGGCAAAUCACGGCCAGUAGAUACAGUUUCUAGAAGUGAAGCACUGCAGCUUUUCUAUUACCUGUAUCCAGUUGGAGAAGAAUGUAAACUCAUUUUGGGGCAUUUACCUUUCUGUGCCAGUUUGUCUAUUACUUGCUUGUACCUUACGCUGGUUUUAUUUUUUGAUGUUAGCAGAGCACAUAUUAAUCUGUGUGGAGAUGAGUAGUUAAGCUGAUAGUGAUCAGGUUGUCGGGUCUUUGCGAGUAAAGCUGUCAAAACAGCUUCCCGUGUAAAUUGUGUAUAAGAGUGUAUGUAAGAAGUGUAAAUGCCAGAACAGGGCUUUUAAGAAGCCCUAGACAGAUGCAAUAUAUGCAUGCAGCAAACUGCAUUCUCAAUAGUACCUUAUUGGAGGGAUUAAUACAAAUCCUAUGGGGUACCAAGUAACUGUGUUUUGCUUUAACAAAUUUAAUGGAAAAGAAUUGCCUGUGCAUCCUUUAUGUUUAGUUUUCUAGGUUCUCUGCGGAGCACUGCUGCAGUUUUAACUCUUUGCUUGUAAAAUCGUGGGUUUACAAAUACUAGCAGCGAGAGGUGGAUUUUCAUGAUUUAGUGGAAUUAUGUUGAUGAGGGAAGAUGACCCACUAGCACCACGGGGCUGUGAUAGCUUUCAGCAAUGUCAAAUAAAUUGCUUAAAAAACACUAAGUAUUCACCAUUUUAGUCUCCUUACCAGCAGGUAAAUGCCUUGCUGUAGUUGCCAUUACGGACAACUAUCUCUUACCUUUUCUGUUGUCCUUUCCCUGCCCUCUGUUCCAUACUGUACAGCUGUUACAGUGCCUCUUCCAUAUGACCAAAUAUUUCCUUUGAAACAGGCAAUGUGCUUUUUCAAUAUUUUGGAUAUUUCAUGUAAAGACAUGGCACAGCAUUUCCUACAUUAACAUUAAGUUUCCAUGGGUUAGGUACUUCAAGGGGAAUAUUUCAAAAGGAAUUAAGUGACAGUUUCACAGCUGUCAUUUUGUACCUUUGAGAAGUUCCACCUUGAUCUCUGGCUUAAAAGCUUGGGAGUAGUUUGCUUUUUAUGCUGCAGAGUUCAAUGUAAGCAACUACUACAGCAUGUAAAAAAAAAAGCAACUUUGAUUUUUUUCAUUCUCCCUUUCAUAACUGGCUCAAGUGCUUAGCAGAAACGCUUAUUAAAAGCUGUAGCAUUUUGAAAAUUUAAAUUCAUCAAAGCUAGAGUUUCUUUACCUUUUUUUUUUUUCUGCACUGAAAGUAAAAUUUUAUGUGCUUAAACAUUUCUGCCUAUAAUUUGUUCAUCUUUGGGUAUUGUUUGGUCCUAGUAUGUUCUUGAACCAACUCUUGUUCAAAUCCAAAUGUUUUAUAAAAGUGGAAAAAUCCUUGAUUGGAAAGUAUCCAAAUAUUGAAUUUUAAAGAAUAUUGAAAGUUGUACAGUAGUUUGUCCACCUCACAUGAAAUUGGAAUUAAAUUAUGGCACCAGCAAAUUGCUUUUGUUUUUUAAUAAGAUGUACACAUUUCAAUUUAAGUAUAAUAAAUGUUUUU